UGCUGAGUCCAAAACCCACGUAUGGAUGUAACUGAUUGAAACCCUUCACCCUGUCAAAAGAUACAAUGAGGACACUUUAUUUAUCAGCCCUUUUUUUGUCUGUCGUACAGAUACAACAUGUUUUGUCUACAGGAUGUCACAUUCUGUCCGUGUCAUCCCCAUCAGCGUCAUCGCUUCGUGUGGCUUGGAGCGCCUACACUGGAGCGACAUAUUAUCAACUGGACUCCAGAAUUGUGAACUCUACCACUACUGCCCCUGUGACUGUGGAGGUUUCGACUGCCUACACACAGAAGCAGAUUCAAGGGUUAAGACCUGGAAAUGUUUACCGGGUCACACUGAACGUCUUUGUGUUCUUUUCAAUUGUGUGCACAGAUGUUAAAAUAGCAAUGACAGUGCCCGAUACGACUCAGUUCAUCUCCGUUGAACCUAUUUCGAGUACGUCUGUAACGUUUGAGUGGAACAACGUGAUAGGGGCGGACAGUUUUCUCCUGUUUAUGGAGCAGUAUGAUUCGCCCUCAACAAAACACAGCAAGACCUUCACUACCUGGACGGGAGUAAUGGACGGCCUGCAGCCCUCAACAACAUACAACUGUUAUAUCUAUUCCAUAAACAGUGCCGGACAAAGUUACAGGAGCGCUACAAAGACAGUCAUGACGUUGGUGCAGCCCCCAGCUAACGUUAACGUGGCGUCAACUGGGAGGAGUACAGCGCACGUAACGUGGACGUCUGUGAGUGAUGUCCUGCUUUAUGCAGUGACUGUGACUGACGCUGACAACCCCAGCAACAGCCCAGUCAUCAUAAACACUUCUGGCACGUCCAAGGAUAUUAGUAAUCUGGAACCCUGCUCCACCUACACAAUUGGCGUGUCAUCAUUAAAUAUUUUCCUGGUGCCUGGGGAGCCCACUAGUGUUUCACACACCACUUCAAACAUAAAUCCAGUGACGACAAUAUCUGUGGACUACAGCUGCACUGGCAGCUUGGUGACAGUGAGUUGGGAUUUGGUGUUCGGGGCUAACUCGUACAGGGCCACAGCCGUUGAUGGCACUGGUGCGUCCCUGAACUGUACCUCUGCUUCAACCAGCUGUCAGAUCACCAUGCUCAGUUGUGGUGAGACGUACCAGGUCCACGUGGCUGCCAUUUCUGACGACUGUACAAGCACCUCUAACACCCUCACCACGUUCGAGACAAUGCCCUGUGCUCCAGCUAAUGUCCAGACUGAUCACACAUGCUCCACCAAUGUAAUCGUCUUCAGCUGGGAUCACACCAACAAAACCAAUUACUAUAAAGCCACAUCAGAGGACACAAAUGGCGUGAAGAGUGAAUGCCUGACGGUGAAAAACAACUGUUACUUCACUAAUGUGGAGUGCGGCCAAAUGUACAAUUUCACUGUGUUUGCGGUCAGCUCGGAAUGCAGCAGCGAUGUCAGCCAGCCCAAGACUGUCCAAACAUCUCCUUGUCAACCAGAAAAUGUACAGACAACAUAUGAGUGUCUCUCUGACAAGCUCAUCACAGCCUGGGACCUUGCUGAUGGAGCUGAUUCCUACACUGUGGAGAUAAAGGGAAACACUGACGAAAGCUACAACUGCACCACAACCUCCAAUAGCUGUGAGAUUACUGGUAUGCCAUGUGGUGAACACUUCAGUGUUUGGAUCAGCGCAUCCAAUGAAAUGUGCACCACACCUGAGGAGCUGGCAGAAAUAUCUCAGACGGUUCCCUGCACUCCGGAAAAUGCCUCUGCUUCAGUUGACUGCAGCCAAGACUCUGCAAGGGUUAACUGGACCACAAGCGAUGGUGCCAUAUACUACAUUGUCAUUGCUCAGGAGUCAAAUGGAAACAUCCACGGGUGCUUUUCAAUGGGCUCCAACUGCUUGAUCAACACCCUGACAUGUGGAAAUACUUACACCGCUAAAGUUAUUGCCACAAACAUCGAGUGCAACAGCACAAACAACGAGGAGUUUACCUUCUCGACAGCACCGUGUGGUCCAGCUAGCGUCCAGGCACUUAGAUCCUGUGAUGAAAACUUGGCUCGGAUAGAGUGGCAGAACCAUCAGCCCAAUGGCCUCUACACGGCAACAAUAGAGGAUCAAAGUGGCGCUCAACUCACCUGCACCAAUGACACAGUCAACUACUGUACAAUCAGCUCUCUACCCUGUGGGAAGACAUACAGCGUCACUGUUACCUAUUCAGAAGGAAACUGUGCGUCCACCUCGACGCCUAUAAGCAUGGACUCAGUGCCAUGUGGUCCUGAGGAUGUGAUCGCCAGUGUGGCCUGCGAUACUGAAGAGCUGACACUCACCUGGAACGUCUCCCUCCCUGCUGACAACUUCACCGCUGUCAUUACCGGCGAGACGGGUCCCGCGCUGCAGUGUAACUCUAUAGGGACACAGUGCACCACAGGAGGGUUGUUGUGCGGAAAAUCCUACAGUGUGACUGUCUCGUCCACCAAUGGGAUGUGCUCAAGCCGGCCGAGUACAGAGGUCACCGUGCAGACAUGGCCGUGUCCUCCCACCAACGUCACAGUCACUCAAACAUGUUCUUCAGCCCCUGUUCCUGUGUCGUGGACAGCUAGUGACGGUGCUAAAUCUUACACUGCCGUUGCCACGAGCAGCGGAGGUCACAGCACAGACUGCUCAACCAACCAGACUUCCUGCAGCCUUGCUGGGCUCCAGUGCGGAGAGGUUUACACUAUUGGUGUCUCGGGAGCCAAUGACAACUGCACAGGUCAACUGAGCAACACUGUCACUCUGGAUACAGAGCCAUGCACUCCCUCUAAUGUGUCCAGCCAGCUGAUGUGUGAUGCCGGCAUUGCUGACGUGUUCUGGACCCCCGCUGCAAAUGCAGUGAGCUAUAACGUGACGGCCACCAGCAAUGGACAGACUCUCAUCUGCAGCAGCUCCAGCCCUAACUGCACACUGAGCAACCUGGUCUGUGACCACGCUUAUGACAUUCAAGUAACGGCCACUGAUGGCAUGUGCGUCAGCAGUUACAGCGCUGUCUUCAGCCAAGACCCAGUUCCAUGCGCUCCACAGAACAUCAGCAUGAAUCUGCUGUGUGGGACCAAUGAUUUAAUGGUCAGCUGGGUCCCAUCUCUGAAUCCCCUUAAAUACACGGUUACUGCUUUGCCACUGAGUGGGAGUGCAGUGACUUACUACACCAGCAAUGCCAGCUUGAGUCUGAGUGGUCUUCAGUGUGGAGGGACCUAUAAUGUCACAAUCAAAGCUUCCUCUGGCAGCUGCAGUGGAGCAUACAGCGCCCCACAAACUAUUCAGACAGCACCCUGCCCCCCUCAGAGCCUAACAGCAGAGGCCCAGUGCGGCACCAACUCUCUCCUGGCCUCGUGGAACACAUCUCUUGGUGCCACCACCUACACAGCAACAGUGACCGGCCCCGAAAGCUUCUCUGACAGUUGCUCCUCAUCAAGCCUCACAUGCUCUGUCUUUGGUCUGCAGUGCUCCAGUCAGUACAAUGUCACAUUAACGUCCCAAGAUGGCCACUGCACCAGCGCUCCCAUUCAAACUGUUUUAACAACAGGACCAUGUGACCCUGCCAAUGUGACCAGCAGUCUUCACUGUGGCUCAGACAUGGCCACAGUGUCCUGGGUUGCCUCUGCUGGGGCUGUGGCCUACACUGUUGUAGCCCAAGAUACCAGCUCUCAGAGUUCUACUUCCUGUAGAAGUAGUACAACUUCCUGUCAGCUGAGCCAGCUUCAGUGCGGCAGAGUUUACAACCUGACUGUAGUGGCCGAGGAUGCCAGCUGUAACAGCACCGGAAACACUGAAGCGGUGCUGAUGACAGCUCCUUGCGCUCCCUCCAUCCAUAACAGCACCAACAUCUGUGGCGCCAGUUCUUCCUCUCUGUCAUGGGAGUUAAUGGCUGAUGCAGUAGGUUACACAGUUAACGCGACAGCUACAAGCGGGCACCAGGUUUCGUGCAGCUCAGCGACUGCUACAUGCACCCUAACAAAUGUCCAGUGUAGCGAGACCUACACCGCCACAGUCGUCGCACAAGGAAGCCAGUGUGACAGCACACCUGGACCUAGCUCCAACUUUUCUACAGAACCUUGUUCUCCCUCUGUCAUAUCUAAGCAUUACACCUGUAACACCAGCACAGCUGAGUUCAGCUGGACUAACCCCGCAGGAAGCCUCGGCUUUGUGGCUCAUAUAGCAGGGGAGGGCUAUCAGGACGACUGCAACACUACAGACACCAGCUGUGUGUUUCACAGCCUUCCCUGUGAUUUGUGUUUGAAUAUAACUGUCCAAGCUCAGGGAUCCCAAUGCAACAGUCUCCCAAGUGUCAUUGAAUCCAUGGAAACAGUCCCGUGCACCCCUCAGAAUGUGAGUGCCACACUGGGGUGUUUGAAUCACUCAGCCUCGGUGACGUGGGCAGGAAGCCCGAGUGCGAUAGGAUACAAUGUGACAUUAACAAGCCAGGAUGGACACACACACCACUGCCACAGCGACACUUCCAGCUGUGAUGUACCUGAUAUCCACUGUGGCGAAACCUACAGCAUCACAGUCACACCGUUCUCUAUGACGUGCACAGGAAACCAAAGUGCUGCGUACAGCUUCAGCUCAGGUCUUUGUCCUCCCAGUAAUGUCAGUGUGUCUCCAAAUUGUGAGGACAACACUGUCUCUUGGUCUCUAGUGCCAGGGGCAGAAAUGUACAUAGCAACCGCAAGUGCAGAAGACGGACAUACUCACACUUGCAGCUCAAACUCCUCCAACACAUGUCAUUUCACUGAUCUCCAUUGUGGGGAAAUCUACUCUGUCACUGUACAAACAGUGGACAGGGGCUGCUUCAGCGAACCAAGCUCAGCUGUGGUGCUGACAACAGCUCCCUGCCUCCCAGAAAAUGUCUCAGCAGAAGUACAGUGUAACACUAAUGUGAUGGCUGUGAGUUGGGCACAGACAACUGGCUCGGGUGACUACACCGCCUGGGCGAUCAGCACUGACGGACACAAUGCCUCUUGUAAUUCUACAUCCAACUCCUGCAGCAUCAGCGGCCUGCAGUGUGGCAAAGUCUAUGAGGUGUCUGUCACCCCGUCCACCACUCAAUGCAGCGUCAUUGCUGCCUCCGACUACAGGGUUCAGGCUGCUCCCUGUAAACCUGAGAACACCACUGCUGAGCAGAACUGUAGCAGCAACGUCAUGUCAGUAACGUGGGACGAGGGGAACACAGCUCAGAACUACACCGUUACUGCCUCUCCUGCAUCGGGUGUUAACUCCACCUGUGUCUCCACUGGGAGCAGCUGCUCCUUCCUGGACCUGAGCUGUGGUCAACUCUACACAUUCACCGUGAUGGGACACACUAAUGUGUGCAUGAGCGAAAUGAGUACACCAAUAGAGAAGAUGACUGCCCCAUGUGCUCCUACCAAUGUGUCAGCUAAUAUGAACUGUACCACACACGACGCUCUGCUCAGCUGGAGUAGUGCAGCUGGAGCUGAAGCUUAUAACGUCCAGGCAAACUCCACCAAUGGACAUGGCUCCUCCUGCAGUGGGGCUGGGACAUCGUGCAACCUUGACAGUCUGGUCUGUGGUGAGGAGUACUCAGCUGUUGUUGAGCCACUGGACACUGGCUGUCCUGGGCCUGCCAGCUCCCCGGUCACGUUUACUACUGAGCCUUGUGUUCCCACGUCUCUCUCUGUCCAAUACAAUGCAAGCACCGCCCAGGUGAUGUGGGGCACAGCAAGUGGAGCCGACUCCUACUCUGUCGAAGCUGUGACCGACCAGGGCCCAGCGGUCACCUGUGACACCAACAACACCAGCUGCCUCCUGACUGGCCUGCAGUGCAGUCAGGUCUACAACGUGACUGUAAUAGCGCACAACGAGGCGUGUGACAGUUCAGUGUCUGGAACUCAUCAGCUCCUAACCGAACCCUGUCCACCGACAAAUGUCCAGGCCAAUGUAGCCUGUGAAAGUCUUACUGUGACUGUCUCCUGGGACCAGAGUGCCCUCGCUGUGGGUUACGUUGCUUACGUUGACAGCCAGAGUGGCCACUACACUUCCUGUGCUGCCACAAAUACCCAGUGUACAGUCUCAGGAGUGAUGUGUGGUGCAGUGUACAAUGUCUGGGUCAAGGCUCUGGGACAAGUGUACAACAGCUCUGACAGCACAGUGGUGUCUCUUACAUCAGGGCCUUGCCAACCUAGCAGCAUAGACGCUGUGAUGAACUGCGAGGCUCGCUUUGCUACCAUAUCCUGGCAGCUCAGUGUUGGAGCUGUGUCGUACACUGCUGAGCUGACAUCCACAUCAGGCCACGCCACGGGCUGCACCACAAACCACACCCACUGUGAGGUGAGCUCUUUGCAGUGUGGAGAGGAAUAUAACGUCACUGUGAUGGCUCUGGGGGAAACCUGCAACAGCAGUGCUCAGAUGGCAGGACACCUCACCACAGCUCCAUGCCUGCCUGGAGAUAUUUUGACAGUAGCCAACUGUAACUCUGAUGGUGCUGCCAAUGUGUCCUGGAAUACAAUUUCUGGAGCAGCAAACUUUUCCCUGACAGCCUUUGUCAGUGGAAGUGUUCAGACUCUGUGUACGACUCAGGAGAACAGCUGUAAUGUGACAGAUCUAGCAUGUGGGGAAACGUACAACCUCAACAUCACUGUCAGCAACGAAGAGUGCAGCCUCACAGCCAUGAUGCCCACUAACGUCACCACACGUCCUUGUCCACCACAGGGUGUAACUGUUGACCUGGGGUGUGGCUCCAACACCACAGUCUUGUCCUGGGUGGGGACAUCUGAUGUUGAACUGUACAAAGCAACUGCUAUAAAGGCAUCAGGAGGAGAGGUGAAGAAGUGUAACUCCACCGGCUCCACCUGUCACUUCCCAAGCCUGGUCUGUGGAGAGACCUACAACUUUACAGUCACAGCUCUGAGCCAAGACUGCUGCAGCCAGGCCAGCAGUACUGUAUCCCUCCAAACAGAGCCUUGCCAGCCUGUGAUUACAUCAGUUCAGACACUCUGUCAGAGCGAGCAGGUCCAGAUCUCCUGGGGUCAGACGAGCGGAGUUGUGAAUUACGCAGUCACAGUCAAAGGCAACCUUGAGUUUGUAAAAGAUUACAACACAACAGGGACCAUUCUGUCCGUCCCUCUGCCAUGCGGACAGCACUAUAAUGUCACUGUGCAAGGACAGGGCUAUGUGUGUGAAAGUAUCCCCAGCAGUCCUGCCUUCUUCAAGACCGGCCCGUGUAUCCCCCAGAAUGUGACGACCUAUAUGCAGUGUGAUUUAAAUAAGGGGUCUGUCAGCUGGGACUCAAGCGAUGGUGCGGAAACAUACGUGGCUGAGGCGACAGGCCUGGACGGACACAAUCACCAGUGUCCCACCAACACCACCUCCUGCACCUGGGACGACCUGCACUGUGGGGAGAGCUACACUGUCGUAGUGAGAGCGAAAGAUGACAACUGCACCAGUCUGCCCAGCUCCAGCGCAGUCAUCUGCAUGGAUCCCUGUGUGCCCGAGAAUGUGUUUGCUUCUGCGGACUGCAACAGGAAAGUUGUUUCUCUGACCUGGGCUGCAAGUAAUGGUUCAGAAACAUAUAAUGUAACUGCUGAGGCAGAAAACACAACGACUCAGCUCAUGACUAACGUCACCACAGUCGACUUUUUCGACUUAGCCUGUGGACAAGACUACAACCUCACCGUCACACCUCAUAGUAAUCACUGUGCUGGCAGCUCUAGUGAACAGGCUUUCAUACAGACAUGGCCGUGUGCACCUUCAGAAAUCUCAAUUCUUCACAACAGUCUCACUGACUUCGCCAUCAUAACAUGGCAGGCCAGCAAUGGGUCAGACAGCCACACAGUCUCCUUGCAGAGUGAUAGUGGCGUCUCCACUACAGCUGUGCCUACUGGGAGUCAUUUGAAUGUCACAGACUUGGACUGUGGGUACAACUUCUCUGUGUCGGUCACAGCUUACAAUCAGCAGUGUAACGCCACCUCCAGUGAAGACACAUUUCUGCAGUCAGCGCCAUGUGUGCCCACUAAUGUCACAGUUGUGAGGGACUGCGUCAACAACACUGCUCUUGUGUCCUGGUCUGCAAGUCGUGGGGCUUUACAGUACUCAGUGACAGCCCGCUGUAGUAAUGGCACCGUCAGCUACCAGACGUCUGACCUCAGCUAUAACCUUGACAACCUCGCAUGUGGCAGCAGCUACACCAUUCAGGUACUGGCCAUGGAUGACCGCUGCUCAAGUGCCCCAAGCCUGGAAGUGAUGUUGGACUCAGCCCCCUGCCCUCCACAGAACGUGAGUGCCCAGUUCAGCUGUUCCUCAAAUGACAUGACAAUUUCUUGGGAUGCUGUUGGAGAGGCCGACCACUUUCUGGUGUCAGCAACUGCAGACAACGGUGGAAUCAGUGAAUCCUGCAACACCACAAACACAUGGUCCUCCUUCAGCAACGUGAGCUGUGGAAAAACCUUCACCGUCCAUGUCACGUCUGUCAGAGGCAACUGCCCCAGCCAGCCCAGUCAGACCUGCAGCAUCCUGUCAGCCCCCUGCCAGCCUCAGGGAAUCAGCGGCAACAUCGACUGUGUCACCAAUUCUGCUUGGAUAUCGUGGAGCGCAGCUCUGGGGGCGGACAGCUACACAGUGUCUGCUGUGGGUGGAGAAGACUUCACAGCUAACUGCACCACCUCCAGUAACACGACAUGCGAGGUAGAAGACCUGGCAUGUGGUGUACAUUAUGAUUUCAAUGUGACUGCUGAAAACAGCCAGUGUGAGAGUCAGCCAAGUGCCACCAUCAACCUGCACACAGCGCCCUGCUCCCUCUCUGCUAUCACGGCCUUCCCCCAGUGCCACAAUUCCUCCAUCCUCGUCGUGUGGGAGCUGAUGGAGGGCAGCGUAGGAAACACUGUAUACAUUGCUACAGCAAAAGCAAGCGAUAACACCACCCUAUCCUGCAAUGACACGGGCAUUAGCUGCUAUCUGCAUGGAGCCCAGUGUGACCUCCGGUAUACCAUCAUCGUAGCUGCUUCAUCGGACCAAUGCAGCAGCAUGAGAAGUCCACCCUAUAGAAUUUACAUGGAGCCCUGUCCACCUCAGAACAUGAGCCUCAGCUCCUCUUGUGAGGAACACAACAGUGUGAUGGUGUCCUGGACUCCUUCUCCUGUGGCUGAAGCCUACAGCGUUGUCGCCACGGCUGCAGACGCACACGUGCACACUUGCAACACCACGUCGUCCAGCAGUAACUGCAGCAUAUCAGCUCUCCACUGUGACCAGCAGUAUACGUUUUUUGUCACUGCCAGUCAUGAGAAUUGCUCCAGUGAAGCCAGUGAAAACGCAACGCUGAACACAGGUCCCUGCCCGCCCAGUGGAGUCUCCGUCACGUUCCACUGCAACAACGGGUCUGCAGAGUUGUCGUGGAUGCCCGGCGUGAGCGCUGUCGAGUACUACGGCUGUGCUCAGUCUGAGAAUGGAGAGAUGCUGUACUGUUCCAGCACAUCUCUCACUUGUACCAUUGAGGGACUGGACUGUGGAGAAGUUUACAAUUUCACCGUCCGGGCCUCAGAUGGCACAUGCAACAGCUCCUUGAGUGACCCAGUGCAGCAGGGGGCAGUUCCCUGCCCUCCAGAUGGAGUUGAGGUGCAGGUGCUGCCAAUGCAGAUGGAGGCCCAGGCGCUGCUAUUCAGCUGGAACCAGGUGUCCUGUAAUGACAGUUGGUACUUGGUGACAUUGACAGGGAGUCUCCUGGGAGAGAGCAUGGCCCUGUUUCAGAUACUCUCCUAUUGGACAAACAGCUUGUAUUUUGAGAUUCCACUUCCCUGCGGGUCUGCCUACAACGCCACAGUGCACAGCAGAAACAGUGCUGGUACCAGCGAUCCUUCCGAGACUCUCAGUGGACUGACAGCUCCUUGUCCACCAACAAAUGCAAUGUACUCAAGUAGCGGCCCCGUAUCCUCCAUUUAUUGGGAUGCAUCAGUGUUUGCUUCAGCAUACACAGUGUAUGACAACAGUGUCACACCAUGGGUUCAGAUGUGCAGAGUGACGGGGCUGUCCUGCAACCUCUCAAACGUCACUUCCAGUAACCUGGUCGUCACAGCCAGCAACGCGGCUGGAGAGAGUGAAGUUUCGAUUAUCAAUCUUGUACCAUAACUACGCAGCAGGGGAGAUCUUACUGGAAUGCAGAAUGAGGACCUCCCAGCUCCAACUCUUCACAUCACAAAAACAACUCCACCAAUGAUGAGGAAUGUAUAGUGCAGGGGUGUCAAACUCCGAUGACCGGGGGGCCAAUGGGCAUCUAGUCUGGUCAAGAGGGGGGAAAAAACAACAGUUCAGUAGAGGGUGGGCAAUAUGAUGUUAAAAUUUUAACACAACAUUCCAUGAUAUCGCAUAUUCAUGAUCAAAUUUCACAAAGUAGCAGUGCUUGUUUCGUUAUGGAACGACACACGACUUACUGAUAAUAACAAAUUUAUGAUGCAAAAUAAAUCUAGUCACAGCAAAAACAGAGAAAUGAAUCUAAAACCAAGUAUAAAAUACUGUGGACAACUGUAAUUGAUACACCAGACAUAUUCUAAUGUUAAUAAUGUGAUAAUUACAAAAAAGGUCUUCUUAUUACUAUUAUAAAAAAUAUUAUUAUUAUAUUCUGUCAAGUCUGUCGUGGGCCACGUUUUCAUUAUGAUAUAUUAAGUGGUGGGCCACAUGAGGCCCACAAGCCACCCCUUUGACACCUCUGGUAUAGUCAAUUUACUAUUUCAACCAGGAACCAAGACAUGGCAGGGGAUGAACUAUUGUCGACUCAUCGGGAGGCCUGUGCACAUAAAUGUGAUGUAGUUAUCAAAAAGUACUUUCCGACAUUUGCUCAAAAAUGCACAAUAACUUUAGAUCUGGUAGACCAUGGGCAUUAGUGCGGGUUUCCUCUGACAGAUACACUUAUCAUCCGCUGCAGUUCUGCAUCUCAGUCAUGUAAUGAAAUGUUAGACUGGGAUUACUACAAUUUACGAUUCAAAUGACCAAAGAUGUCAAAGUUAAAUGCGUGUGUAAGAGGUAAAUGAUUAGUUUGCCUUUGGUUAAGGUUAUACAUCUUUUCUCUGGGGGCUUUAACACCUGCUUCAUAUUUUAUUCACUUUUUGUAACUUAUGUAUUGGUGAUAACAGUUUCACGUGUGUAUACACUUUUCUGAAUGUAUAUUUAACAAUGAGAUUAUUUUCACACUACAUGCAAAUAAAACUGCUUUUUAAAACCCCCA